AUGCCGGCUGGGCCGACCGUGCAGGCACCUGCGGGCACCGCGGGCCUGGCGGCCGUGCAGGCGGUUCGGCGCCUCGCGCCCGUCUCGGAGGCCCUCGCCGGCGUCGCGGCCUCGUGGGGCGCCUGGCGCGGGGAGCACGCGUCGAAGGGCCACCCCGCCGUGUGGGCACUGGUGGAGGAGUUCGAGCCGCUCCUCCAGGAGGCCCUCGAGGCGUCGAGGCUGGCGGGGGCCUGCGCGUACUGGCUGCUGGAGGGCCGCGCCGCGGUUGGAACCUUCGCCGACAUGCUCGCAGAUGAGUGCCUGGGGUGGCUGCCGCCCAUGUGCGACCGGCUGGCGGCCCGGUGCGCGUUCCUCGUGGCGGCGCUGCGGUGCCUCAAGGAGAGCGCCGCGGCCGGCGGCGGCACGCUCGCCCGCGCAGCGGCCGCCGUGCGCGACGCGGCCGCCGACGCGCCCGACGUGCUCGCGGACCAUGACAGCCGCGCGGCCCAGCGCUGGCUGGCGCGGGUGCAGCGGGGCCUGAGGAAGCGCGGCAGGUUGCAGAAGGCCGGGAACGACGCCAUGGAGUGGUACGAGGAUGCAGCCAGGAGCCACGGGGCAGAAGUGCACGAGGCCUUCGUGCACGGCCUCGAGGCGCUGCACCAGGCGCCGCGCGCGCGGGGAGCUGGAGGCUGCCAGCCCCGCGGGGUGCACGAUCUCCGAGCUUUCCGACGCGGUGCGGGCCUGCCUGGCCGAGGCCCUGGACGAGGACGACGGCGCCCACGAGGCGGCGAUCCUCGCCCUCGGCCUGCUGCCGGGCCUCGCGGUGGGCGGCCCGCCGGGUGUCCUGGGCGUCGAGGGCGGCGACCUGCUGCGCGCCGCCGCAGCGGCGGCGGCUCCGGCCCCCGGCGCCCGCGGCACGCCCGCGAGCCGCUCUUCGGGCGCCAGCUGCGAGGAGCCGCACGGCGCAGACGUUCCCGGCGAGCUUGGCGGCGAGCGCACGUCGCUCUCCAGCGCCAGCGGCGCGGUUCCGCGGCGCAUCUUCUCGGGCAGCCUCUCGCCGUCGCUGGCUGCGUCGCCCACGCCGCCACCGGUCCAGGUGCCAGGGACCGGCUCCGAUGCCGACGGGGGCCCGGGAUCGCCCGACCUGCACGCGGCGUCCAGCCACGGGCGUGGCAGCGCCUGGUCGGACACGCCGGACGCACACGCCGCCGCCCUCGGCCGUCCCGCGAGCCGCGGGGCGAGCAGCGGGCCGUCGUCCAGCCUCGGCGCGAGCAGGCCACGGGCUCGCAGGCGGCGGGCUCGGGCGGCACCGCGGCGGUGGCCAUGGUGCCGUCGGAGGACAUCGCAGACUGGGCGGCGCGCGCGGCAUCGCGGGCGAGCAUGCGCAUGACUCCGCCCAGCAGGGCCCCGCCGAGUCGGGCCACGUCGGUCGCCACGCCCGAGUCCGACAUCCCCGACUUCCAGGACGCAGCACGCACGGCGACGCCGGUGCCCGCGGCCGCGCACGCGAGCCUGGCCAGCUUCGUGGUCUUCUGCGCGCUGCAGGGCGCCGCCUGCCGGCUGGGCGGCGGCGGCUCUUCGGGCGGCGCGUCCCACGGCAGGAGCCGCGCGUCCACGGGCACCGCCGCGGACCCCUCCCGCCCGGCCACGCCCGGGUCGCGGCCGGGGUCUUCCCUGCGGCACAGCCCCGGGUUGAUGGCCCUGGACGAGGAGCAGUCGGACAGGAUGCACGCCGUCGCGGAGGGCGCGGAGUCGGUCUGGGAGGCAUCACCGAGCCACAGCCCGCGCAGCUCCUCGCCCCGGGCGCCCUCGCCGCCUUCCGGCGCGGCGAGCACGGCGAGCCAGGCGCGCGAGCAGCCGCGGCGGCCGAGCCAGCCGCGGCGGCGGGCGCCCAGCCCCUCGACGCCCUCGCGGCAGGCAACCGACGCCCGCGCGAGCCUGCCGACCGCCGCCGCCGCGUCGGCGGAGGGCGGCGCGGACGAGGACCCCUCAGGGGGGCCCGCCUCGCGCGUGGCGUCCCUCGGGGAGAAGCCCGGCCGCGGGCCAGAGGGCGAGGCCCGUGAUCCGGCGGGCGUCCUCCAGCUCGCCGUGGCGCAGGCGGAGCCGCAGGAGCGGCCGAGGCCCGCUGCCCAGCAGCCCCCCGCCAGGGCAGCCCUGGCGCCCGCCCUGAGGCAUCUGCGCGAGCUCGUCCAGAAGACGAUCAACAACAAGAAGGACCUGGCCGUGGUGGGGGAGGCGACGGCGCAGCCGCCCACGAGGCGCUGGCCGACGCGGGAGCUCCUGGAGAGCUCGCUCCUGGAGACGGGCCGCGCGCGCAAUCCGGGCGGCCCCAUCCGUCGGGGUGUCGGGCCCGCUGGUGCGAGGCAGUCGGGCGGCGCGGGGCCCUGA